CACCAUCACUCUGAAGCUUCCACAAUAUUCCAAUGAAGUGCUGCUCAAAAAUCUCUACUUGUCCUGUGACCCAUACAUGCGGAAUCUCAUGGACAAGCCCGAAGGCGCUCCCAAUCCUCUUUCCUACACCCCUGGCUCUGAAUUGUAUUUGAUUCAAGGAAUUGGUGGAUAUUAGAUAGUUGGUCAUGUAAUCCAUACUUAAAGUCCUUUGAAUUUUAGUUGGGCGUAGGAGAGUCGGUUUUCGGUUUCCAGAAACUGAAUUGGUGCCGCUUUGCUCCUCAAAUCUGGAAGAUUUCGUGACAUUAGCUUUGGCCCCGGUACCGUUUUCCAGGUUUUUAUAAAAAAAGAGUCAAAAUUCAGCAUGGAUGGUGAUUCUGAAUGUGAAAUGGAUCAGCUGGAUUGGAUUUCCAAUGGUAGGUGUAUAGCAUGCUAUUUUCCGGGACUUUGAUAUGCGGAUGUAGGGUCUCAUUUCGACGGUUAAGCUGCUUGAAGGUAAUGGGGAGUGUUAUGAUUCAGCUUGUUUUGUGCAGGAUGCUGCUAUGGCUGAGCCAGUGCUUGUGUGCGGUGCGUUGAAGGAAGGAUUUCAGGAUCCUGUCGGUGUUGGUCGAGUUGAACAUGGACUCGCCGUGACUGAGGUGUGUGGAAGACGACGUAAGUUGUCGUGAUAAGCGUUGUGUUCCGGGGGAAGUUCCUCUAGGAGUUGUAUUCUCUCAUUUCAACUCUUUAUCCCGUGAAGUGCAUUUCCAGUGGAGGAUAAUGCAUGCAACGUGGAUGUGGGAGAGGAUUUUCUCUCUGAUUGUCUUGUGACGAGAGCUCGGAAUAUGUGGGUGACUGGAAAGCAGGUUGGUGUUGUGUUUUUCGGAACUGAUGAGGAGGUAAUUGAGGGAUGUGUGGAGCAACUUAGAUCGUCAUAUCCAGGGAGAUAUGGAUAUUCUCAGGGAAUCGGUUGACUUUUGGUGCUAUGGAGUUGAUUCCUGCCUAGGCUUUUGGUGUUCGGGUUUUGGCUUUGAUCUGGUUGCUUUGGUUUUUGGCAUGGAUUAGGAUGCUAUUAGAAAUUGGGAGGCCUAUACUCAACCACAAAAGCUAGCUCAAGAGUUGAGGUUUGCACUACCCUUAUAAAGGCUAUCUAUGCUCUAUCUCUAGCCAAUGUGAGACUUCUAACACACCCCCUCACGUCCAGGACUGAACAACCUGGAACGUGAGAUCAACAACAACGGGUGCCCCGAAUAUGGGAAGUCUCCACAACAAACAACAAAUGGAUCUAGGAUAGGCUCUGAUACCAUAUUAGAAAUUGGGAGGCCUAUACUCAACCACAAAAGCUAGCUCAAGAGUUGAGCCAUUAGGAGGGUAUGGUGUGUCUAAAGUCCUGGAAUCUGGACACCCAGAUUAUAAGAAAGGUGAUUUGGUAUGGGGGUUUACGAAAUGGGAAGAGUAUAGCUUGGCCCCUUCAGCCCAAAUACAUUUCAAAAUUGAGCAUUUUGAUGUUCCGCUUACCUACUAUACUGGAAUUCUCGAUUAUUUGGCUGAUCACCUUCAUUUUGGAGGAGGAAUGAAAAUAAAUAACUUCUAUACUCAUUUGGAACUGAAAUGUCACUGCUUUGUAUAUCUGUCUGGUAGGGCAGGAAUAACUGCUUAUGGUGGUUUCUUUGAAAUGGGCUCUCCCAAAAAAGGAGAGAAUGUUUUUGUUUCAGCCGCCUCGGGUGCAGUUGGUCAACUUGUUGGCCAAUUUGCAAAACUGACAGGUUGUUAUGUUGUUGGAAGUGCUGGAACUAAAGACAAGGUGGAUCUAUUGAAGAGUAAAUUUGGAUUUGAUGGAGGUUUUAACUACAAGGAAGAGCCUGACCUCGAUGCAGCCUUGAAAAGGCACUUUCCAGAAGGUAUUGACAUUUACUUUGAGAAUGUUGGGGGCAAGACACUUGAUGCUGUGCUCCUGAAUAUGAAACUCCGUGGUCGCAUAGCCGUCUGUGGAAUGAUCUCACAGUAUAAUCUUUCUCAACAUGAAGACGUGUCAAAUCUGGCACAGAUCAUAUAUAAGCGGAUACGCAUGGAAGGUUUUAAUGCCACAGAUUUCUAUCCUCUAUAUCCCAAAUUCUUGGAGUUUGUCCUGCCUCAUAUUAGAGAGGGGAAAAUUGUAUAUGUUGAAGACAUAGCUGAGGGUCUUGGAAAUGGUCCUGCAGCUCUGGUUGGUCUUUUUAGUGGUCGUAAUGUUGGAAAACAAGUGCUGGUUGUUGCUCGUGAAUAAAAAGGUUGCAGAUUUUCUAUGCAUUGUUAUCUUAUCAGUGUUUUUUUCAUGUCCCCUCUUGAGUGCUGAGUAUUGUUCUCUCAUAACUGACCAUUAAGUGGUUGUUUAGUGUGAUAAAUAUCAUGUCAUGACAAAUAAUAAUAUGUAACAGUUGUAUUAUAGUUUCCUAAAAAAACACAUUUGUAUUAUAGUGAUUAAUAAGAGGAGACAGUUAACACUCUAAA